AUGGACAUUAGAGUGGUGGAAAUGGGGAAGUUUGGGAUGGAAGAGAGAGGAGGUGUUGCUACCCACUCAGAGCUGACACAAGGACAUUUCAUCCAUCCAAUCCAGUGUGUGCCACCUAACAGGCCUGCAAAAAAAGUCACCAUCUGCCAUUCACCCCAACAAGAUUGCACUCUCUAUAAGAUGGUAUCUAUCAAUGCUGAUUUUGCACUUAACUUGUAUUGGAGGGUCAUCAUGGAGACCCCAGGUCACAACAUCAUCUUUUCCUCCGUGAGCAUUUCUGUAGCUUUAGCCAUGCUUUCCUUUGGAGCCUGCUCCACAACUCAACCACAAAUUCUGGAGGACUUGGGGUUUAACCUCACAGACACCCCCAUGGCAGAAGAGCAGAGCUUUUGAUAUCUGAUCUGUUCACCUAGUUUUCCAAAGAAGGAACGGAUGGGAAAUGCCCUCUUCGUUUGGAAACAGCUGAGACUACUGGCAAGCUUCUUGGAUGAUAUCAAGAGCAUCUAUAAGACUGAAAUCUUUUCUACUGACUUCUCCAAUGUUUCUUCAGCCCAGCAGGAAAUCAACAGUCACGGAGAGAAGCAAACCAAAGGGAAAAUUGUGGGCCUAAUCCAAGACCUGCAACCAAACAGCAUCAUGGUCUUGGUGAAUUAUAUGGAUUUUGAAGCACAGUGGGCAAAUUAUUUUGAUCUAUCCAAGACAGAAGUCAGUGCUAACUUAGUGGACAAGACCACAGUAGUGCCCAUGAUGCACCAGAUAGAACAAUACCACCACCUGGUGGACGGAGAACUGAACUGCACUGUGCUGCAAAUGGACUACAGCAAGAAUGCUCUAGCUCUCCUAAUCCUCCCCAAAGAGGGACAGAGUGGGUGGAAGCAGCCAUGCCACCUAAAAAAACUGAAGAAAUGGAACCGGUUACUGAAGAAUGGGGGUGGGAUGGCUGAGCUAUAUAGUAGCUCUGUCUUCAGAUUCCUGAGGAAUUUCUGUACUGUCUUCCAUGAGGGUGUAUUUCUCACUUUAUCAAGGAUGAAUCUGAUACUUGGGGAUGUUGUUGCCCACAAGGCUGUGUUGCACAUUGAUGAAAAGGGAACCAAAGAUGUGUGUAUUGCUGAAGUCUGAUUUCUGGAUCAGCCCAAAAUGACUCUCCUUCACCCUGUUUGCUGAUUUGAUAGAUCCCUCCUGAUGAUGAUUUUGGAGAAAAACAGCAGUGGCAUUCUCUUUCUAGGGAAAGUUGUGGACCCAACACAAAUUUGGUUGGGAAACAGUUCGUCAGUUUGUCGGUGUAUUUUAAUUGUAAUAAAUAAGCAGUAUAGUCUGAUGUGGACUUAG